GCCCCGCCCCGCCGCCGCCACAGCCGCCACCGGGCCCGCGGAGCGUCCGCAGCCCGCCGGCGCCGCCAGCAUGUUCCCCCGGCCGCCGCCACGGUCCUGCGACACCUUCGUGGCGCUGCCGCCCGCCGCGGCGGGGGGUCGCGUCGUCUUCGGGAAGAACUCGGACCGGCCGGCGGACGAGGUGCAGGAGGUCGUCCACUUCCCGGCCUCCGCGCACCCGCCGGGCGCCGAGCUGGAGUGCACCUACAUCAAGAUUGAUCAAGUGGAAAAGACCCACGCCGUGGUCCUGAGCCGUCCCUCCUGGCUCUGGGGGGCAGAGAUGGGGGCCAACGAACACGGUGUGUGCAUUGGGAACGAAGCGGUGUGGGGCAGAGAGGAGAUCUGCGACGAUGAAGCUCUCCUCGGCAUGGACCUCGUAAGGCUUGGACUGGAGAGAGCGGACACAGCUGAAAAGGCUCUUGCUGUCAUAGUUGAUUUGCUAGAAAAAUACGGACAGGGAGGAAACUGUAUGGAGAGCCACAUGGUAUUUACAUACCAUAACAGUUUUCUGAUAGCCGACAGAAAGGAAGCAUGGGUGCUGGAGACAUCAGGAAAAUACUGGGCAGCAGAAAAAGUAGAAGGAGGCAUACGGAAUAUUUCCAACCAGCUCUCUAUCACAACCAAGAUUGACAGAGAACACCCAGAAUUGAAGGAAUAUGCCAAAAGCAAGGGCUGGUGGGACGGGGAAAAGGAAUUCGAUUUUGCUGCCACAUAUUCUUAUGUAAAUACUGCCAGAAUGACGACAUCCAGAGGCCGAUAUUGUGAAGGCUAUAAACUUCUGAACAAACACAAAGGAUCUAUCACUUCUGAAAUAAUGAUGCAAAUUCUUCGUGACAAAGAGAGUGGCAUUAAUAUGGAAGGUGGAUUUAUGACAACUGGAAGCAUGGUGUCUGUAUUGCCUCAGCAGCCUAAUCUGCCGUGUAUUCACUUCUUUACUGGAACUCCAGAUCCUGCGAGGUCUGUAUUCAAGCCUUUCAUUUUUGUGCCCAAUAUUACUCAGUUAUUAAAAACUAGCUCCCCUACAUUUGGUCAUGAUGAUCCAGUUAAGAAGCAACCACGUUUUCAGAAUAAGCCAGAUCGAAGACAUGAGCUCUAUAAAAAACAUGAAAGUGCUGCUGUAGUUAUGGAAACUAUUGAGGGCCAAGGUAAAGAAAUGCUGAAAGAGAUACAGGAGUUGGAGAAACAGAAGAUAAGUGAAAUGGAAUCAAUCCUGCAAAAUGCAUGUUUUGACAUUAACCAAGUGGUUAACCUUUUUUCACAGUGUGUAGAAGAAGAACUUAAAAUAUAUAUCUAAAACUACCAUUUGAAUGUGGUAAAAUUCAGUUUUAUGAUUAACUUUUCUAAUGAAGUGGCUAUAUAGAUUACAUCUUAUUUUCAAUAUACUGGUUAGUAUGGACGCAGAUUCAUAUUUAGGCCAAACAGCUUUCGGUUGUAUGAAGCAAUGCUAAAAAGGCUCUUAAAAGCUAGGCAGUGGCUUCAUCUGUAUGUGGCAUAAAGCUGUUAGCAGAGAUAGAUUUCGUCAACAAACAGAUGCAAUUAGAAUGUAAUAGCUUGACUAAAAACAACCCCAUCUCUGGAUGAAGAACACUAACUCAGAUUUGGAGAACUCAGUUCUAGUGUACACACAUGUAGCUUUUAUAGUCAAGAUAAUCGUAGCAGAAUUUCACAUUCCCAGAAUUGAAAUGGCCAUGCUGAAGGACUUACUUUCUGAAAUGUAGAACCUAUUACUUGCACUUGAAUAAAAAGGAAAGUGAUAUGCAAGUCAAGUAAGAUUGAUAUUCAGCUGUUUGAGAAAACCAUUCUAAGAUACAUUUCAUAUAUGAACCCUCUACUCCUUCAAUGUAAAAUGAGGCUAAGAGUUCAAGGUAUAUUAAAACCAAAUCAGUUAUAAUUUUACCAUGAUUUGUUGUGAAGUCUGAUUACGUGGAAUUCAACAAUGCAAGCAUCCUGCAAGUUACCACACAAUUUUCACUUCCCUGUCUAUUCUCCCCACCCUGAUACCAAAAAAUAAACUAACUUAUUUACAUGCAAUGUGAUUACUGUCAAAUUAAUUCUGCAAUACACUUUAUAACAUCAUGUGGGAGUUUUUUAAUGUUUCUUGAAUUGUUACUUUUUUAAAAUCAGGCAACUAGAAAGGAAGAGGUUGGGGUACACAAGUAUAUACAUAUACUCAGCUGGACACUUGAAAGGACAUUUAAAUUUUUUUCACUUCAUAUAAAGCCUUUUAACCACAACUUGUCUUGCCAAAAUUACUAGACUAUAGAGUUAAUUUAAUCAAGCUUUUUGCCCUGCCAGGAGCUCUUCCUCCCUGAUCCUCUUCAAAAGUAGUGAUCAAUAUGUGACACUACUUUUAUUAUCUGUGGCAAGGGACAAACUGAACAAACAGAAGAUUCUGGCUUUACUACGUGAUCAAGCAGGAUAAAAAGUAUGACUGGAAGGAAAAAAAAAACCAAACAAAACCAGCACUUCUGUAAACCUUCAGAAGAGAACAUCUAACAUGAAAUGGAGCAUUAGAGCUGCAGUAGCAGUAUGUGACAUGACACAGCAUCCCAACAGAAAGACACAGCAGACAACAGAAAGACCAUUCUUUGAUGAUUUUUCUAUAGUCAGUUUCUAGAGUCAUCUCAAAUGCUAAAGAUGGGGCUACACACAUGCAGUUUUCUCAUUUUGUAAACUAUUCUAUCAAUCACCCCACUGGUAAAAAAAGUAAGUAUAAACAAACAAAAGCAGAAUGAGUAAGAAAAUUGAGAGCUUUGCAGAAUUUGUUCUUCCUGAUCCUACAAUGAAAGUAGAAGUUAAUUUGGCAUACAGAUCCACAGCAAGAAACUAAUGGGUCAGAAAAGGUUCUUGAGCUUUCUAGUUCUAGUGAUCCUAUGUGUACCAAGUGGCAGUAGCAAGUAAGAUUGAGUAGCAGGUAAGACUGAAAGUAAGCUCAAGUUGACUGUGAACCUUUUGUGCGUGUGUUGCCACAAAAUUUCUUAGAAGUUCAAUAGUACAGUGGAUGUUUGUGAACUGGGAGGUAUUUUUAAUAAAAUUUUUCUGUAUUUA